AUGGUAAUUCAAAAUGAGGGCAUGCAAGUAGAAGAAGAUAUAGAAUCAUAUCUUGAUGCCCUGAAGAAAUUAUACAGCCUUCUUGUAAUCAAUAAUGAUCGACAAUCUCUUCAGAAUUACACAUCUCGAGACAAUUUUUUGGAUGAGAAAUCGCAGUUUCUGUUGAAGGAUCUGCUUGAUGGUGCUGCUGAAAAUGUCUUCAGAACUGUAUCAGAAGGACUUGAUGUCGUUUCUUUGGGCGAGCUGCUUCCGUGUGACAUAGAAAGGGCGAAAGUAGAAACAAGUUAUUCUUCGAAACCCAAAGUCAUAGUAUCUAUCUUCGGUCUAUCGUUUCUGACUAGGUCACGGAAUAAUACUGCAGAUAUUAAUAAACAAACUGGAGAGGAUCUAAAAGGUCAGGUAGCAAACAAGAGGGUGCCAGAUGAUAAACCAGUUCAAUCAGUUGCUUCAGUGGCAGCUGAACUUUUGAAUAGAAAGAAACGUUGUCGGAUUUGCAGGAGAAGCAGCACAAAGCAGCUGAAGUUUGAACACGGGACUAGUUCAGCUGUGGAAACUGAUGAUAUUAACAAAGGAAGCACAAAUUUUCAGCAUAACCAUCAGGCUGAUGCACAUGAAAAUGUUACAGAAUCCUAUUCUAAAGCCAUUUUGGCCGAUUUAAGCAAUGAAAAGGAAAUGCAGAAAAGGGUUCUGGGAUUCCACUUUAACUCGAGUGGAAAUGGAGCUCUAAUUCAUUCCUACAACAGAGAUGCAUCUGGAACUUUCACGUCUGGAGCUUUACAAAAUUCUGCUGUGGGCACAGAGAAGAAACACAAGGAUAUUUAUUGUAUAUCCAAGGAUGCUUCUGAUGCAAUUAAAACAAUUGAAUCUUGCAUAUCAGCUUUAAAAGUCGCUGGCAAGCAAAUGGACUCAUUGGGGAAGCGAAUGGAGCCUGGACAAGGAGCAGUUUUCAAGUUUGUUGCUGGUUCUGAUUCUGCUUCAGGAACAAGUAGUCCAAAUAUGGGAAACAAAGCUGCUUUAGUGUCACAAGGUGAUCAAACUCAGGUUGGGCCCUUUAGGUUGGGUAGAAAUGACUCGCAAAAUCUCUGGGCUAGAAGGACUCGGGAGACCAAGGCCAUGACUCGGUGGCGCCAGUUGUCAAGAUAUAUUGUAAAUCCACCAGAUGAACUGAAUUUGCCAAAACAGUUAAUGAGGAGUUCUGCUACACUUUCUCCCUGGAAUGCCAAGUCAAGGAGUCAGAAUUUUGGGAAAGACAAUGAGAUUAAUCUGAGAGCUAAUACAUUCAGUCAGGCUGAUGAGCUUAUUGAAAGAAAAGAACUUGGAUUGCAUAAAGCUAGUUCGGUUCAUAUAAAGAAUGUAAAGACCAAUGCAGGGAAGGUCGAGUCAAUGACUCAAACAAAGAAAAGUCCACAUCAGACUAAUUCUGUCCAGGGUCUUAGGAUCCCACUAAACUCCGAGAAGAAGAAUAGUUUGCUGGACAGAUCGCCUGGGAAGACCAACAAGUUAAUUCUGGAUAGAAAUCUUCAAAAGAGAAGACUCAGUAAGGCAGUACAAAGCCAACCAUCAAUUCCAGCAGUUAGUGCCAGGAAUAAACAAAUUCAGACUCAAACCAAGAUGGUUGCGACUAGCAAGGUUCUGCCUCAUCGGAAAACUAUGAGACAAACUCUGCCAUAUCCUCUUAGGUAUGGAGAUCGGGAGGAAAUUGAUAGAGGCAAAGUGAAAAAGAAGACUGACAGAAAGGGAAAACAGAGGCAAAUUCUGUCAGACCAGCCGGAAUCAAAUAGUACAAAUUCACACGGAAGCUCUUCCUCUAGCUGGACAACUCAGCAGGGUAGUACUAGUUACCAUGAAGACGAAGAGUAUUCAGUGUCGGACCCCAGUCAAAGUAGCCAUCAUUCCUCUACCAGUGCUGGCAGUGAGAGUGAGGGACAGUAUGUUUCUAGUAGUACUCAGCUCCAUAACACAGGUUCCCCAAGCUAUAGCGACAGCCAAUUGUCAUCUGCGCCUAGUAGUACUCACUCUCUCGAGGACUCUAAAAGUGACGGUGACAAUGUGGGAUACUUACUUUCGCAUCAGACAUCAAGCUCUGAACCCUCAUACCAACAGGGACAUUAUUCAAGGAGGUACAGAUCAACACAUAGGAAGAGGCCCAGGAAACGUACAAGCAGUUUGAAGAAACUGAAGGAUAAAGUGGCCAUCUUCUUCCACCAUCACCACCACCACCACCAUCACCACCAUAAUUCUGAUGACAGUGAAAAGAGCGAUGAUCUGUCUCAGGCAUACCACGGGACAGCUUUAUCAAAACGCGACACAAAGAUGUUUAAAAGAAGAAACCAAGCGGAAACUUCUGGAGAGAAAGUUACUGAGAAGCUUAGCAAGUCCAUGGUACACUACGCGCCUAAUAAGAAACGAGGGUCCAAUUUCAAUAAACUUGUUGGGGGGCUUGUGAGGCACGUUCGACACCCAAAAAAAUCAAAGAAAUCAAAAAGUAGCACAAAACAUCAAACAAAGAACCAGCAUGUCAGCAAGAAGCUUGCCAAGAAAGUGCACUGGUGGCAAUUGUUACAUCGUCGCCGUCCAAGAAUGAGGAUGCCUAAGAAACCUCGUAUAAAACUUGGAUUUGGCACUAAAAGGUCCAAAUUGAAAGCAGUGCCUACUUUAAAAUGGCACUAAGGGAGGUUUUGUAUGUAAAAGUCUUACUAAAGCUGUACAGUACACUGUAUACCCACAUCUGCAGUAUUAUUUUGCUCUUCCAUCUUUUCUUGCAUCUAAAAGUGAAAUUUCCUUCCAUCUACUGAAGCAGUACCUUCAUGUUUUAGGAGAACGGGUGACUUAACA